AUGGGCCUUAAACGCCAAGUCAUCCAACUGGGCCUUGCCCUUGAUCUCUAUUUUUUGUUACUAAUGCUGGGUCUCAGGUCCCCAGGGGGUCUGAUAAAUAAUGACUGCGUUUCGAAUUUUCGUCUUCGCUUGCGCAAGCCGACUGCUGUGGUAUUUGUAAAUUGGAUCACCUCUCGCCGACUUCGAGCGGUGUGUACUUUCCUCCUUUUAAUAUCUCUCUUCUGUUUCGAAGCCAGAAGACGCAAAAACUACAUCGAAGCAAGGAAAAGGGAGAAGAAGAAUGCAGGACUAACCUGCAACGCCUGCAAUAAGGAAUUCAAGGACGAUACAGAGCAAAAGCUCCAUUACAAGUCCGAUUGGCAUCGCUACAAUCUCAAACGCAAGAAAUAUGUAACAGUAGCUGGUGUUCCAGGGUGACUGAAGCGCUGUUUAGCUAGACAGUCUGCCCUUGCUCAAAAGAGAAGGAUAACUUCAAAUGAGAGGCCCUAUGCUAUACAAGUUUGCAUUCUAUGUGGUAACGGAUAUCGAAGUUCCAAAGCUCAUGCUCAGCAAUCUUAAAUCACGAGCCACAUCAUGCGGGCUUCUCAGGAAGCAACUCAAGAAGAGGAUAGGGCAGUGAUUAAAUCAGCUUCAGCGCCAAUGCCCAUGAGUAAGCAUGCCCCUCGAGAAGAGGUUGGGCAAAUGAAGAGCGAAGAUAGUGAUGAAUGAAUGGGAGAGGUUGAUCAAGAGGAAGAGUUAGUAAGGUGAGGCCCACAAAAUCAUUGACUGAAUUUGAAUGUAAAUGAGGCGCUUUCGGAUGAAGAUAUGGCUGAAGAUGAAGAUGAUGACUUGUUGGAUCCAUCAUGUUGCUUUAUGUGUGAUUCAAGAGCCUAUGAUAACAUAGAAAGUUGCAUGGUUCACAUGCACAAGCACCAUGGUUUUUUUCAUUCCGAUGUUGAGUACUUGAAGGAUCCAAAAGGCCUUCUUAGCUUAUCUUGGCUUAAGGUGAAGAGGGAUUUUUUGUGUUUGUAUUUGACGAUAGGUUGUUCAUCCUUUUAAUCAGCUUAGAAGCUGUUUAGGAAGCAUAUGGCUGCAAAAGUCAUUGCACAGGUACAUUACGGUAGUGGUGAUGAUGAAGAAGAAGCGAAAUUAGAAGAAUUUUAUGACUAUAGCAGCAGGUUUAUGACAUUCCCAUUUAAUGUGGAUGAAAGUGGAAAACAGCUGAUUGCCUCAAGUGAUAUGGCCAAUACUGUAGAACUUGGCGGUGGUUCAGAGCUCAUCAUAAGUAUUUGAAGAUCUGAUAGAAGGAUAUUAUCCAAAAAACCAUUGGUUUCACGGGAAUUUCUGCGCUACUACCGCAGAGCACGUCCAUCACCGGCCAAUUAUGCGGCCAUACUGCUGCAUUGGCCUCCUAGGUACAGGAGCAUGGGAUUGGCAACAGUGCAGUCUAAGAGAGCAGAUGGUGAAGGUAUGAAAGUGAUGAAGGAAAUGAAAUCGAUGCAGGCGCAGAGGCCAUGCGCCAAAAAUUGG